UGUAGCGGGUGUUUUGGAAUGAAAUUGCACCCAAUUUAGUGUUUCGGACUUCGACUUCUAAAGCGUACCGACGCAAAAGCCGAUUAGAUGACAUAUAGCGUUCCCGAUUCCGACAGCAGGGUUGUUCAAUAUGCCGCCGUGUUCACAGGUCUACUCAAUGUGGUGGCUACGGGCAUGCACGACGGUUGGCCCUCCGCCGCGCUCCCUAAACUCCUCGCUCACUCCUCCAGUACUCCUGUAACGAACAACGAAGGCUCUUGGCUAGCUAUGAUGCCCUUGCUGGGGGCCCCAUUGGGAUGCUUGUCUGCAGGGUACUUGGUCGACGUAGUGGGACGAAAACCCUUCAUCUUGAUGACGUCGCCACUCUACUUUGCCGCCUGGCUCGCGAUAGCCUUUGCGAGAAAUUUUGAGUGGCUUUGCGUUGCCAGAUUCGCAGCGGGAAUCGGAAUAGGAUGGAUUUUCGCCACCGUCCCAAUUUAUAUUUGCGAAAUUUGCGAAUCCAGCAUUCGGGGAUUCCUAGGAGCCUACAUAGCGGUCAGCUACAAUGCCGGGAUCCUCUUGGCUACCACCGUGGGAUCUUAUCUAUCCAUAAAAAACUCGGCUUUGGUCAGCACAGCUGUGCCAGUACUGGCGUUCGUAUCGUUCGUCAAAUUUCCCGAGUCUCCAUACUACUACCUCCUGCGCAAACGCUCGAAAAUGGCCGAAGAAACUUUACAAAAACUCAACCGUCGCCACGAGCUGGCUUCAAUAAGCACCAUCAAAGAUCCGACCGGAGUAACCGGAAAAUUACUCGACUUGUUCCGGAUCAAGCACAACCGACGGGCUAGCCUCAUAACUUUACUGUUCAGGGUCGUCCAGCAGAUGGGAGGAACGGGGAGUCUUAUGUUCUACGUGCAAAUAAUCUUCAAAGAAGUCCGCCACGUCUCACCCGAGACCUACUCCAUAGUACUAUUCGCGGUGCAGCUGAUCGUCACUAUCAUAGCUUCCUGUCUCGUCGACAGAGUCGGUAGAAGACCGCUGCUGAUAUGUUCUACCGCCGGUGGAGGUGUAUGCAUCUUAGCCCUAGGCGUGUAUUUCACGGUGGAUCAGUUCUCUUUGGUGAACGUAACCAAUUUGUACGCCGUGCCCGUGGUGCUACUGAUCGCUUAUACCUUCGUUACGUCGCUGGGUCUACAACCGAUCCCGAUGUUGAUGGUGGCGGAAAUUUUCCCCCCUCAUCUACGAGGUUUGGCGGUCGGCAUGGGCGACAUCUACUAUUGCCUGCUGUGGGGCGCCAGUACCAAAACGUUUCAAGCAACGAUGGACUCGUACGGGAUAUGCGUACCGUUUUAUAUAUUUUGCGUCGUGUUGUUCGCCGGCGCCAUCUGCAUUUGGAAAUACGUGCCGGAAACCAAGGGCAAGAGUUUGGAACAAAUCGAUAAAGAAAUGACAGGCUGAUGCGUAUCUGCAGUACUAUUGAAUAAACCAUAUUUCGUGGUAUAUGAUUUUUUUC